CCGUGCGUUCACUCAGCGGACGAGAGAGGAUGGCCGACCAGAGUAGGCAAGUCAAAAUCGCCGCAGCUAGGAAAAAGCUGGAGGAGUUCAAGCAGAAGAGCGCUCCGCCACCUAGCUCCGCCGGGCCCAAGAAGAAGCGAAAGGGGAAGGCUGGGAAACAGCUGGACGUCUCCACACCAGACAGACACUCGCCAGACAAUGCCCCGGCCGAGUCGGAGGCCCGCUCCUCCCCGGUGGGCGUGCUUGCGGAGGGGGCAGCGAGUGGGGAGGGGGGCCGAGGCUCUCCCGUCGUCUCUAACACCGCUAGCACUAUUAACACAGAGCCUGCCAGCCACGCCAGCGCCACGCAGAGCUGCAACCAGGAUGCCAACUGCCAUGACAACGGUACAGAUGAGAACAGGCCUUUGUCGUCUACAGAAAGCCUCAGGCAGCUGUCCCAACAGCUCAAUGGCCUGCUCUCUGAGUCAUCCACAACAUACGUCAAUGGAGACAGCGCUCCCUCGCCAGUCAACGAGAAAGAGCUAGAGGCUAGGAACCAGGAGCUGGUCGCUGCCCUGGACUCCAGCAAGCUAACAAACUCUCAGCUCAGUACUCAGCUGCAGCAGCUGACACAGCAAUCCCAAGAGCUCAGUGACACACUUCAGAAGGAGCGCAAAGACUUUGAGCAGAAGUUUGUGAAGGAGCAGGGAGCUAUGAGGGAGCAACUGCAGGUGCACAUCCAGACCAUUGGCAUCCUGGUGUCUGAGAAGACGGAGCUGCAGACGGCCCUGUCCUACACGCAGCAGGCGGCGCGGCAGAAGACGGCCGAGGCAGACGAGCUCAACAACAGGCUGCAGGCUAGCAAGCAGAGGGUCUCGGAGCUGGAGAGAACACUAUCCACCGUCUCCACGCAGCAGAAGCAGCAUGACAAGCAUAACAAAGAGCUGGAGAAGGAGAGGGACAGUCUACGGCUGGAGGUCUUCAGGCUAAAUAACUCUAAUGAGGAGGCUCGUCAGCAGCUGUCGGAGGUGGGUGAGCAGCUGCGUCUGCGCGUGGGGGAGAACAGCAGCCUCACGCUGGAGCUGGACGACCUGCGCAGACGACUGGAGAUGGCAGACGUCAUGCUGCAACAGUUCUCCAAUGAGUCUGGGCCCCCUACAGCCAAUCAGCAGGUCCAGCUACUGCUUGAAGAGAAACAUCAGCUGGAGACUCAUGCAGCCCAGUUGAAUGAGUCUGUGGCCCAGCUGCAGACAGAGAGAGACCAGUACGCCCUGCAGAUGCAGGAGGACGGACGCGUCUGGAAGGAGAAGACCGAGCAGCUGCUCUCACAGGUGACACUACUGUCAGAAGAGAGGGAUACGACCAGUGUUCAGGUCCACGAGCUGGAAGCCCAAAUUCAGGAACUGAAGAAUGCUGCUGUUGUGUUGCAUGAGCAGCAUCAGCAGCAGAGUGCGGUGGCGCCCCCCUCAGGUCCCUCUGAGACAGAGCAGGCUCUGCAGGAGGCCCUCAGCACAGCACAGCAGGAGAGAGAUGCACUCGGCCUACAGUACCAGGCCCAGGUGCGUGACAACGAGCAGCUGUCGCGGCUGUGCCAGGAGCAGGAGGCGCGCAUGGAGGAGCUGGAGCGGGAGGCGCAGGUUGCGGCCGGGGAGACGCAGGACAGGAGGAGGAUCCUGGAGGACGCCCAGAGCGACAAGGCCACCAUCAGCAGAGCGCUCGCACAGAACCGGGAACUCAAGGACCAGCUCGCGGAACUGCAGAACGGAUUUGUGAAGCUGACCAAUGAAAACAUGGAGUUGACGAGCGCCAUCCAAUCAGAGCAGCACGUGAAGAAAGAACUGGCACGGCGGAUGGGCCAGCUGGCAGAGGACCUGCACAAUGCCAAAGAACAGCUUCAGGAGCGUAGUGUGGAGGCGGUGUCCGUGUGUGAGCAGCGGGACCAGUAUGCGCUGCACCUGCAGCAGUACUCCUCCGGGUACCAGCAGCUGGCGCAGGAGCGCGAGGAGCUGCACAAGCGCAUCCUGCAGCAGGCGCAACUCAUGGACCGGCUGCAGCACGACGAGGUGCAGGGCAAAGUGCAGCUGGAACAGAGCACGCUGCAGCUGCAACAGGCACAGGAGAGGCUGAACCAGCUGGCCAGGGACAACGAGGAGCUGAAGUCUGAGGUGCAGGAGCUGCUCAACAGCUCCAUGCUGGCCUCCACGUCCAGAGACCAGGGCGACGGCCUGGAGAGUCAGGCUGCACCGGCACCGGAGGGGGCGGAGAAGUCCGCCAUCGCCAUCCCAGAGGACUUCGACAGCAGGGAAGAGAUGGAGGAGUUUCUGCAGACGGUGUUGGUGCGAGUGGAGCGGGAGAGAGACGAGUUGCAGAGGCAGCUGGAGGAGGAGAGGAGGCUGCACCACACGGCCCUCCAGCAGCAGCAGGCCGCAGUACUGAGCCAGCAACAGCAGGGGGCAGUGAUGGCCCAACAGCAACAGCAGCAGCUGCAGCAGCUGGAGAGCGUCACGACUGGUCCCAGUGUCACCGUAUCUGGCCCAGGUGAGUCGGGUAGUGUGCCGGCGGAGGUGCACGAGGCGUUGCGUGUUGCCAUGGAGCAGCUGCAGGAGCGCUUCACCAGUCUGAUGCAGGAGAAGGCCGACCUCAGGGAACGCUUGGAGGAGCUGGAGCACCGCUGUAUACAGCUGUCUGGAGAAACGGACACCAUAGGGGAGUACAUUGCUCUGUACCAGAACCAAAGAGCCAUCAUGAAGCAGAGGCACAUAGAGAAGGAGCAGUACAUCAACAUGCUGGCCCAGGACAAAGAGGAGAUGAAGGCAAAGCUGUCUGAGCUGCAGGAGCUGGUGAUGCGUCUGGUGGGCGAGAGGAACGAGUGGUACACACGCUACGUCAGCGCCGUCAACGGCACUCACGAGCCCCACGACCCCCAUGGCAUGGAAACGCAGCAGGACGAACCGCAGAGACGCAUGGAGCUCAACGCCGUGGACGGACCAGAGUCCAUGGACAUGAGUACCGCCGUGCCGCCGGACCCCACAGCAGCCCAGGCCACGAUGGAACUGGGAACUGACGACCAACAUCAUCACACCUCGUCUCCAGAACAGGAGGGGGCAGCAGAUGGCCAGGUCCAGUGUGAGACGGCGGCCACCACCAACGCACCCGCAGCCGGCGCGGGCACGGGCACCCUGCGGCCCGUGGAGGACGGCACGGCGCGGCAGAUCAUGCAGCUGCUGCAGGAGAUCCAGAACCCGCAGUCCCGGCCCCCGCCCCCCUUCCUGGGGGAGAACCCCUGCAUCCCCUUCUUCUACCGGCCCGACCAAAACGACGAGGUCAAGAUCCUCGUGGUCUGAGGAGAGGGAGAGAUGGAGAGGGGGACGCGGACCCAGGACAGGGCAGGACAUGAGAGAGGAGGGGGGGCGGUAGGGGACAGGAGAGGACUUGAGAGGAACCCAGAUGGACCCAAACCUCAAUAUGAAAACCAAGCAUUCAACACCCAAACCCAGGAGAGGAUCGAACACAAGGCAAAGCGAGACAGGACAGGCCAGGCAAACCUGAUGAAAACAAAACCCUAAUCCAACAUCUAACCCCCUGCACAGCUCCAUAUUCUUCGUGUACUGCUCUCCUGCUGGUGCAAGGAGGGCAUUGGACAGCACCCGAGAGAGAGGAGCGGGGGAGAGCUGAGAGGCAAGCAACAUAUGGCUGCAGGAGGAAACCUGAUGAACACAAAUCCCAAUCCCACACCCAACCCCCAGCAUCGCUCUAUAUACUCAGCUCCUCCAGUACUCUCUCUAUCUCUCUCUAUCUCUCUCUAUCUCUCUCUCUGUCUCUCUCUCUCUCUCUCUCUCUCUCUCUCUCUCUCUCUCUCUCUCUCUCUCUCUCUCUCUCUCUCUCUCUCUCUCUCUCUCUCUCUCUCUCUCUCCUGACGAGCACACAAGGAGAGGUCUGAGGAGAGGUACGGGGACAUGACGAGGAAGGAGGUGUGUUUCUCCACUGUGUUGUUGCUAGCAACUUAGUUGGUUGUCAAUGGUAAUGCAUUGCGAGUGGUUAGCAACGAGGCUUUUGGGAAGGGGGAUCCUGGGCAGAACAGCACAGGACAGGACAUUACAGGACAGGACAGGACACAGGCAACAUGGAAUAGGAGGAAAGCAGAUGAACACAUCCCCCCAAAUAUGAAAACCACAAUCUACCACCCCCCACCCCCCCCAGCAUAGCUCCAAUGCUCUUUCUGUGCUGUGCUCUUCCUCUUGCACUUUGUCUUUGCACUAGUGCUCGCAUUCAGCUCAGCUAGUUUGUGUUGCUUUUCUUCUUUUCCUUCUCUCUUUCGUCCUCUUUGUAUCUCACAUUGUCAGUCUUGUCCAUUCACUCUCCUGUUCUCUCUCUCUCUCUCUCUCUCUCUCUCUCUCUCUGCGUCUCUCUGCGUCUCUCUGCUUGUCUUAAUGUGUGGGCAUGGUGUGUGUAUGAGUCUAGUGUGAGGUGUGCAUGUGUUGUUGAUUGUCUUCAGUACACCUGCUCUACACCAUAGGAGAGAGACUCUGGACCUGGUGUUGUGUAACUGAAUAGUGAAUGGGCAUUCAUCUGUGCUUCUAAGAUCUCUGUUUUUGUUGCUUUUCUUUUCUUUUCUUUUCUUUUCUUU